UAUGGAGCCAGUCAGCCUCGACAACCUGUCCAUCCUAUACCAGAGCUCGGACUUCAUCGUGGUCAACAAGCACUGGGACGUCCGCAUCGACAGCAAGAUGUGGUACGAGAAGCUCACCCUGCAGAGCCAGCUCAGGUACCGAUUCCCGGAACUGGCUGACCCGGACACCUACUAUGGCUUCCGGUUCUGCCACCAGCUGGACUUCUCCACCAGCGGGGCCCUCUGCGUGGCUCUCAACAAAGCCGCCGCUGGCAGCGCCUACAAGUGUUUCAAGGAACGGAUGGUGACCAAGGCCUACCUUGCCCUGGUGAGGGGCCACGCUCAAGAACCGAGGAUGUCGAUCCGCUAUGCCAUUGGGAAGAAUACGACGGAGGGACUCACACACAUGAUGUGUAUUGAAGGGACAGAGGGUUGUGAAAACCCCAAGCCUUGCCAGUCUGAGCUGAUCGUGCUGGAGCACGGGCUGUACAGCGGAGACCCUGUGACCAAAGUGAUUCUGCAGCCCCUUACUGGAAGGACGCACCAGCUCCGUGUCCACUGCAGCGCCGUCGGGCACCCGAUUGUCGGUGACUUCACUUACAGCCAUAAGCAGGACGGGGGCCCUUACCGGAUGAUGCUGCACGCCUAUUACUUGCGGAUCCCCACCGACAAGGAGCUCAUCGAGGUGAGUGCCCCGGACCCGUUCAUCCCCACCCUGGACAGCCACUGGGUCCCGCAGCGGGCGAUGCGUCAGCUGGACGAGGUGAUCCAGGAGCUGAAAGAGUCGAGCGUCCGCACGGCGGAGGAAGAAAGGCAGGGCGGCUUGUGGGAAAAGCCAGGCCCCGAGAUCCCGCGCUUGGAAACGGAAGAGCCGCAUGCCGCGUGUGAGCAGUGGUUGGCGGAGUGGGCCUUGGAGUGA